GAAGAAAUCGCUGGAUUGUUAUCCGAUGAAGACGACGAUGAGGAGUUGGAUGUGAUAGAGAAACAUAUGAAGCGAAUGAGCAAAAAUAUUCACGCCAACACCGUCACCUUUGAUGACGAAAAUGUAUCUGGAAAGAAGCGGAAAGCGCAUGGUGACGACGACGGUUUUAACAAAAAGGACGGGGAAGAGACAGACGAAGACGAAGAACAAGAUGCUGAGCCUGAAGACAAUUCGCCUCCUAAGUCACGGUUCACAGCUGAAAUGGCUUGGGAGGACGAAGAGUCCGAAGAGGAAGACAAGCGAGCAUCCAAAAGAGAGGCUCCGAAAACGCUACUCGACGAGGACCUGAAACCGACGAAGAAACGUCGUCUAACCCCUGAACAGCUAGCCCUCGGAGAGCAAUUGAUAUACUCGAGCAAGUCAGCCCGAGAGUUGGAGGAGUGGGGCUGGAACAGAUAUACGAAUAAUGAUGAAGGACUUCCGGACUGGUUCGUUGAAGAUGAAAAGAAGCAUUAUCGAAAGCAGUUACCCGUCACAAAGGCGCAAGUGGAAGAGUACCGAAAGAGGUUGAGAGAAUUAAAUGCGCGACCGUGCAAGAAAGUGGCUGAAGCAAAAGAGCGAAAACGCAGAAAGGCAUUGCGACGUUUGGAAGCUGCAAAGAAAAAAGCUGAAGGUGUGUUGGAAAACGAGAACCUUGAACAUUCAGAAAAGGUUCGAGAAAUGAAGAAGAUCUACGCUGCUGCUCAUCGGAAAGACCAUAAGAAAACAGAGUUGAUUGUGAUGACAAAAGGCAAGAAAGGAAAGAUUGCAAGGCCAAAUGGGAGAUACAAGCUUGUGGACAGAUGUCAAAUCAUUGAAAUCAAAAUGCAGUUUGAUCCGGAUCUUAUCCGUUCCUACUGCUUGGCUGAAGAAUUCAAUUAUCUCCUUUGA